CGGUAGUUAGGUAAGUUUGAAACUUUGAAUUUAUUGCUUGAAAUUAGUGUAUUGCGUUGCAAAUCAGUGAAGUCGCAACGGUCGUCACGUAAACUCGCUCUCACUUGAAUAUUCCUUUUUUUUUGUUUCUAGUUCAUAAUUUCAAAAACUCCAAUAAGUCGUCAAUGGAAGAGCCGCAAUGGAAUUGCAAUGAGUAAUUCAAAAUGGACAAAUCGGGGCACUGGAAAAUGUCCAAACUGCAGCAGUACUUAUAGCACGGCUUGGAAACCAAAAAAUUGCACAUCAUGUAAUUUUGAACUUGGCGGCCAUCAUGUCCCCAAGCCCAAAAAGGCAAAGCUGGAAAACCCAAGUGCUGUUGUUGUUCAUGACAACAUAUAUUCAGUGCGAAGUAGCCCAAGAGGAGAAAGGUGUUUUGUGGUGAAUGAACCUGACAACAAGUUUUGUCACCAUGAGAAGUGCAAGCCAUUUAGAGGUAUGGCAGUGGUCAGUUCUACCCCAGUUGCUGAGUUUAGGUGCCCACACUUGGACAUGACAAAAGAUUCAAGUUCUCAUGCACCAUUUGGAUGUUGGCAAUUGAACACAGAUGCCAUAGCCAACUAUAAAUGUGAUGAAGAGACCAAACAAGAGCUGCACUAUGUAAUGGAAAAAUGUAUUGACCAGGGUUGGCAUUCUGUCAUACAAGUAGCAACCAAAGUAUAUGCUGUUUUUUGGCGACCUAGUUCAUCAUCCCCUUUAGGAUUUGUGCACAUAAUGCUGACUAAAGAGGAUUGCUACAAAUGCGGCUCAAAGGAUUGCAAGUCUAUGUAUGUUGGCUCAUCAAAGCAACAGAAGACAAGGAAGCUAUGUAUGCACAUGCAUGUGCUUCUGUGUGCUCUAAUGCCACACAGUACUGCAUUAGAGUCUACAUGUGCACAUAACUUGCCAUGCAGCUCUUCUAGUUCAUGUAAUUUUCCAUUGCCAUCUGCAUCUAGCAGCAUACCAGCUUAAACCUACU